AUGGACAGCAGCUUGUGCCAGCAUGCACUUUCCAUGGCCAGCUCGGCACAUUAUCCCCGCUCUCCAUCUAUUCAAUGGAGAAGCUUUCGGGGGAUUUUUUCAUCUCAGUGGCACCUUACACCAACAUUGAAUCUAGGUUUUACUCAAUUUGUUCUCAAACGUUUAAGGCUCUUUGCAUCAUCUUGGAAGGCACGACAAAAUAUCUCUCCAGAGAAUACCCUGACUGUCUACACCGAUUAUGAGGAGAAAUUCGAGCUUCUUUCUCGAGUCUUAUCUUCCCGUCACGAGGAGAAUCUAAACAUGGUCCGUGGAGGUCUCAAACUGCUCUUCCUGCCCAUCUAUCCAAUGGUAUUACUUCACGGUGAUCUUGCUGAAACUAACAUUCUUGUGGACCACAACACCAGUCACCUCACUGGUGUGAUCGAUUGGGCCGAAGCUAAGAUAUGCCCAUUUGGACUUUCUCUAUGGGGGCUCGAAAAUAUCCUGGCCACGAUGAAUUCGACGGGAUGGAAUUAUCACCCUCAUCAGGAAGCUCUUCGGCUUAAAUUCUGGCAGACAUUUGACGAGGCUGGGGGGAUUGCAAAAAUUGCGGGCUUGUUUCACCAAUAUGGCUUCGACUGGGGAAAUGGUGGAAGAGACCCGAGCAAAGCAGCAACCGUGUCUUUCAUGUAUCUCGAUGCCUUUUGUGCGAAGGAAAUUUGUGGGACAUGA